AAGAGUAGGUGGUAGUCUGGUAGGCUGGAGGGAAGAAAAUGGAGUGGAGUCUGAGCGGGAACGCUCUCAAGACCUUCGCUCGCUCUGUCACGUGCCUUGCACGUGUGGGAAACGAGCUCGCCAUCCAAGCUUCUCCUUCUCAGCUUGCUUUUCACACAAUCAAUUCAUCACGGUCGGCCUAUCAAUCUAUUACAUUUAAGCCUGAUUUCUUUGAUUUAUAUACAAUUUCUGGUGCCCAAGUACAAUGCAGUGUGCUUUUGAAGGCCAUUUGUGCUGUUCUGAGGACACCCAUUGCAAGUAUUGAUCAUUUGUCCGUGCAAUUGCCUGAUCCUGAUGCGUCAAAACUGCAGUUGACUUUGAAUUGCUACAAUGGUGUGAAAAAGGCCUAUUGGAUUACUUGCAAUGUUGAACCCGACAUACAACAUUUGUCUCUUGAUAGGACAAGAUUCCCCAGCAACUUUGUAGUGAGGCCUCGAGAUCUCAACAGACUGCUAGCUAAUUUUCAGUCAUCUCUUCAGGAGAUUACAAUCAUUGCAACAGAACCCACUUCCUUACCCUCUGAUGCUGCAGGUGAAAUAGGCGGAAAAGCUGUUGAACUUAGAUCUUAUAUAGAUCCAACCAAAGACAAUGACUCCUCAUUACACACUCAGUUGUGGAUAGAUCCUAUGGAAGAGUUUGUGCAGUAUGUGCACUCUGGAGACCCUGUAGAUGUGACAUUUGGUGUGAAGGAAUUGAAGGCAUUUCUGUCUUUCUGUGAGGGAGGUGAAGUUGAUAUUCACUUAUUUUUUGAGAAAGCUGGCGAGCCAAUUUUAAUGGCACCAAAAUUCGGUUUGGAUGAUGGAUCCAGUUCAAAUUUUGAUGCUACACUUGUUCUCGCGACCAUGCUUACAUCACAGCUUCAUGAAGGAAAUCCUUCACAAGCUCCGCCAGCAGAUGAUGUAAUGAUUGGCCAAGCUGAUCACGGGAUGGGUUCCCAAGCACAACAAGGGAUUCCAAGAGCAAAUGUUUCUGGGCAUCCAUCUGAUCACACCAAAAUUUGGUCUGACCUCUCAGGAAGUGCAGCCAAAAGUGGCAGUGGUGCUGAAGGCAGGCAUGUUCAGGACGAAAGAAAUCCAAGUGCUGCUGAGCAAAGGGAAAUUCAAAGGAUUAGUACAAUACAAAUUUCAAAGGCAAGAUCUGCUGGGGGAAAUGUGCCUGGUGGCUCUAAUCCGUAUCCUAAACUUUCUCAUUUGCAUGAGCAUGUUGUCUGCUCAAGUCUUCUGCUUAAAUGCCUCAUGGAGUCCUUGUUGUUUACUAAUGGCUGCUGCAAUUCUUUUUUGCUUCUUUAUCUUUUCUCAUUUUGGAGUAAUCUCAUAUGCAAAUGCCACAAAUUAGUGUGGGAGGUAAUAGUUUCUAUGUGAAGGGCACUUCAGGGGGUGAUUGCCUGUCUCGGAGUUGAUCAUUAAAAGCUCACAAUCGUGAAAGAGUAUUUACGGUUUUGAAGGGGAUGGCACAAAGUGUGAAGCAUGGAUCAUUAAGGACCUCCAUAUGCUUGGACUUUAACACAGGUUAAUUGCUAUAUUUUCUUGUUUAGGUCUUCCACCCCUUCUGCCCUUUUUUUUGUAAAGCAUAGUUUUGUUGUUUAAGGACAUUAGGAAAGAAUAAAAGGCAGGCAAAAAGGAGGCAUCUCAAAACACAGUUUUGUCGCAAACCUUAGCUGUACUUUGUCUAAUGUCUGAGGCUUAGGCAUCAAACUUCAAAUGGAUCUUAAAGCAUUAUGUCAUGAUUCGUGUGCAUUACAUUUUGAGAUCCAAUCCUAAUGGAAAAUCUUCCUUUGGGCCCUGGGUUGGUGGUUUUCUUUUAGCCUAAUAUGUGAUCUACUUCUAUCAUGCCAUUUGAUCAUGAGAAGUAGUUUUUUGAGGAAGAAAACACAUGAUGUAGAAUCAUUUUGGAGGUUUUAAUGGGAAAUAUCAAUCAUUAGUAUGAUAAAAUUUGGUGUGAAGAGCAAGCCAUGAGAGGAUCUGUCAGUGGAAGAACUAUCUUCUACAUAUUUCAAUACACUUAGUUAUUAUUUGCAAGAAGUAGAUCCCAGAUAUGGUAUUCAAAAAUCUGUAUUACUGUUCAGCUACAUCUAUCCAUGCUAGAGCAGAGGUACUCUGCUGAUUCUACUCCUUCUUUAGGUAAUGGAAAGUUGGGAUGCCGUUAUAUGGAAUGAAUUAGAUUUACCACCCUUCAUAUAAAUAUUAUCUGAAUCCUUCAAUAAUAUGGUUAUCAACAUUAGAUCACAGUGAUAUACUGUCUCCUCCAGUGUGAGGUAUACACAUUUCGUCUAUCUUUUGCCAUUCAUAAUAGACAGCCAUGGCAGAGAAAUGAUACAAU